CCAAUAAGGGUGCUCUGCCACUGGGCAUUUGGUUGUUCCAUAUUAGCAUAUUUCCCAGAUUUAAAAAUUGUGGCAUUUUAGACCCCAAUGCCCAGCUAGUUCAUUCAAGAACUCUUCCCAGUUCCCAUUGAAGCCAUCUUGGGUUGUAUUGUUGUAGAUAGACUGUUCAAUAAAAAUAGGGACAGUUGGAUGGUACGUACCAGCUUCUACUUGGUCUUCCAGCCACGAGAUAGUGAAAAAAGGCCGAACUCAAGACACUCAGAAACUGUAUUUUUCUCUAAUCCAAUCAGGAGAGGGCUUACUCUGUACCCAGUGGCUGAGUUCUCCUCCAUUCAGGAGCUCUCAGUCAGUCAGACAUUUUGAAGCACAAAAACAGCAGUUGAGAUUUGAGUUGUGCACCUAUAAUAAAGGCAUUAGAUAUCCACAAAGCAGAAAACACAGACGAAAAUGGUAAAUAUUGGUGUAAAGCAGAGAAGGGAAGAGGUGGUGGAUUUUGAAAAAGGAGAUUCCGUGCAUGGAAAGAAAAGAGUGAGCCACCUGUGUAUUAAUGAAGCAUUAGAGGUGUGGCUAUCGAACCUGGUGAGAAAGUUUAUGUUUCUGAUCUCCAUCAUCUUUGCUGCGGGAGUGGCUGCCAUGAUCUUGGGGCUUGUGUUUGUUGAUAAGAUUAACCCUGAACUGGAAAAAAACAUGGACAACCUGUUCAAGACGUAUAAUGGCGUAGAUGUCUCUAGCUCAACUGUAGAUUUUAUCCAAGAGCGGCUGGAGUGCUGUGGAAGGAAAAAUUAUACUGACUGGGAAGAAACAGACUGGUAUCAAACCAACAAGUCCCUGCCUAUGAGUUGCUGUAAGAAGAAUGCCCAGGAUUGCCAGCGAGUGAUUGGGCAGCAGAAGGACAUUUACACAGAGGCCUGUGAGCCAAAACUGGAGAAUCUGAUACACCAAGUGCUGCGCUAUUCCAUGUUCGUCAUCCUUGGUUUUGCCAUUGUAGAGCUCUUUGCGAUGAUCAGUAUAUGUGUGAUCUCCUGCCGACCCGCCCGGCACAGGUAUGAGCUUCUCUGAGUGGAACCCAAGGCCCAAGAACAAAACCCAAAGGAACAUUAAAAGAACCAUUGCACUUCUUGUGCUCAUUCAUGAACAAAAGCUGCAAAUCCCUGCAGGACUGUGACCUUUGUCUCCAUUAUCUUGUUGUCUGUGUCUGUGUAUAAACUUAUAGAGCUUCAUGGGAGCCAAAUGCCCUUUCCACCGGCUCUCCGCUUGCAUAACUGCAUUAGAUCAGCCCCAGACCUUCAGCUCACAUGCCUUUGUUUUUGGAAUAAAAAAAAUAUGUAAUAAAAAUUUAAAAAAAAAA